CUUCGUGCUUUGGAACCUUAAUAAUCCUAAGAAAAACAAUAAGUUUCCAUAGCACUUCGUGCUUUGGAACCUUAAUAAUAAUAAUCCUAAGAAAAACAAUAAGGUUCCAUUGCACUUCGUGCUUUGGAACCUUAAUAAUCCUAAGAAAAACAAUAAGGUUCCAUUGCACUUCGUGCUUUGGAACCUUAAUAAUCCUAAGAAAAACAAUAAGUUUCCAUAGCACUUCGUGCUUUGGAACCUUAAUAAAGGAUUACAGUUAAGGGAGCAAACGUUAACCAAAUACAAACGUACGGCUCUUGGACUGAACAAGCAGGGUGCUAAAACUCAAAACUACAGUUCCUACGCGGUCCGCAAGGUGGCACUCGCCGCCCACCACUCCCGACACCGACAGGACUACUUAGCAAUGCUUAUGAUAUUUCGUAAUUUUGUCUGAUAUUCCAUAAUUUUGUAAUCAUUAAAGGGACUACUUACUAUUGCUUAUAAUAUUUCAUGAUUUUGUCUCGCUUUAUAUUUCAUACUUUUAAUAUUCCUGAAGAGACCAAAGCGUACCUGUUUGUUCCUCCGACAGCCCUAUAUCCCCCUCUCGUACUAAAACACCCAAAUAACCUUUGCCAAGACCCUCUCCCUUCUCUCCUCCAUCUUCUGCAUGGUAUACAACUCUUGUUCCAGGAUACAGCAGUACUCUUGCUGAGCUAUGCACAAAAAUUGGAAACCAGUGUGGGUUGUAAAGACAGAAGAGACAUUUCCCUUUUUUCAGACUUUCUUGUGAGAGUUGCAGGGGAUUUUCACUGAUGGAAAGGUCAUAUCUGAACCCCUCAUUCCCCAACAAAUGUCGUCUAUGAUCAAUAUAUGUAUAACUGAGGCUGAUGUGGUACUAAGCCUAGCUAAGCUCAAAAUAAAUAGAUGGCAUCUUGCCUACAGUUUUAAAGGAGAUGAGGAAUAUUAUUAGCCGACCUUUAACUUUAUUAUUCCAGAAAUCCUUAUCUGCUAGUGUGAUACCUUCUGAUUGGAAGCAUGCUAAUAUAACACCCAUAUUCAAAAAAGGGGAUCGAAGUAAUCCAGCAAACUAUAGGCCAAUCAGUUUAACUGGAAAAAAUAAUGGAAGCUAUAAUCCAAGUGAAAAUGGUAAGUAACAUUCUGAGGGAUAACCAACAUGGAUUCAGGUGAGGAAGGUCCUGUUUGACUAAUCUGUUUGAUUUCUUUGAGGAAGCUACAAGAGAAAUUGAUCACAAAAAGGCCUAUGAUGUCAUCUACUUCGCUUUCCAGGAGGUCUUUGAUGUUGUCCCCCACAAAUGGCUCUUGCUUAAGCUCAAAGCUGCACGGAUUUUAGGAACUGUAGCAGCUUGGAUCGAAAACUUUGUAACAGACAGGAAGCCGUGGGUAUUUAUUAGAGGCACAAGGUAAGAGUUUUAAUGGGCACACAGAGAGGCAUACGGGACAGAAUAGUCAUAAUAAUGCAAUGACAGGACUAGUGAAACAAACUCUGACGUGGACUUAAAUACACAGAACUAAUGAAAACCAACUCACAACAGCUGAUGACAAGGGGAUUCCACACGAGGUUAACGAGGGGCCGUGGCACACACGAGGACAGGACUGGCAGGGUGUGACAAUAUAGGUUGCCUUAUAAAAACCACUGGAAUUCAAAGUGACAGAUCGCCGUAGAGUCCUGUUUAUAAACCUUUAUUAAUACUGAAGUGAUUAGAGGUAAGGUUUACUCACAGAUAACAAGUUAUGUCUGAAGCUUUAUUUGGUCACACAAGCAGCUUGAUGGCACAGACUCGGCGCUAUUUGUCUCUGAGGAAAAGGAAACUCAUUAGAUUUCCUGUCAAACAUUUAUUCAGGUAAUUACACCAGGAAUGCCGAAGGCAAGCAAUAGUCUGAUACAUAAUAAAAACUAGCAGCUGUCGGAAUGGUUUUAUUCGUUUCUAUUUAUGUUGAUUUAUUUAGUUGUUGUAUACUUUUGGAUUAAAAUGAAUUAAACAAAUUUGUCCGUCAUUGAUGUUGGAUGUUACUACCGUUGAUCUGUCCUGCCUGUAGCCUUCUUUCCCUUAAUAAAUCCCCAGUUUUCCCUGUAUUCCACCUGCCUGCCUUGUCUUUCCCUGCCUCCUGCCCACUUACCUGCCCGUCGCUACCCGGGAUACCUGACAACUGCAGUUCCGCUGUUUUGUUUGGCACCCUAAAUUAUGUCCUGCAAUCUGUGGAAAAAUCUGAAGGCUGAGGAAUGUUACGUAAGACAGGUAAAAUGCAAAAACUCUCUCUGGUGUAAUUCACUGCAUAAAACCAAUGGUCUUAAGUGUGGUGUCUUCUUCAUAACACUCCCUGACUUUUGUAUUCGUGACCUUGAGAUAGGGUGGGCUGCUUUUCUUCCUUCAUUUUACUAGUGUUCCUCCCUUUCCUCCCAGCCUUGGCUGGUGGUUCAGGCAGCAUCACCUCUUUUAAUGGACCACAGUUACACAGAGAUGAACAACAUAGAAUACUUUGGAUUGAGGUUUUGCAGUAAGAGGGUGCUGAAGGAAAAAGGAGUUUCAAAGACAUCGGUCUGCCUGUACUGCCGAUUUUGUCUCUGCCCAUUUCAGAUGUUCAUGUAAAGUGUGAAUUUACUAAUGUGACAUUCCUUAAAUAUAACCACUGAAACAGAACGGUUGUAAAUUUGCUGUCCAGUUUGGUAGAUGGACUGACGCAGAGGCGGAGCUAUGGAUAGGUCUGGGUGGUAUUGACAGUUGGGCCCACCCAAUUAGAUUAAUGAAACUGCAUUCUUUAUAUAUAAAUUACUGUCUUCUAACUCUGUUCCUAUACAUCACUGUUGUUACUGUAUCAAGUACGACAGAAUGUGUGCGCUCCCUCUAGUGGUCUUCUAGGUAUAAUUUUUUUCUCACUUUUUUGCUAUUCUGUCUUCUUUUCAUACCUAUAAUGCGGCGAUUAGCUUCAUACUGGGCACCGACACACCUGGAAAUGACGUAACAUCGAACCAAAUGCCAAAAGUAAUCAGAAGUUAGCACGCUGCCCAGAAUGCACAGAUAACAAGCUACACUGCAAGUCGUCCAGCCACGACGUCACCCAGCCCCUCGUCUGCCGUCUAAAAUACAGAUAAAUUACAUGUGCUCCAUAUUUCUGCAGCUGACAUUAUUUUGAACUGGGCCAUAAAGAACAUAUUCUCAUAGCGAUGGCUUUUAAUCAGUCCAUGCUGGAUCUGGGAGAAAUGAUGCGGCGAGCAAAGCAGGUGGUUUGGGUGCCGACGGUGCAUGAAGGUGUGCAGGCAGCGGCAGGAGAGAAGAUGUUAAGGAUUGUAAGGAUUAGAGUGCAAAGGUUGUAGGUGAUUUGAAGUUAGACAACAGAGAUUCGUGGCUGUGGAGCAUGAUAGGAGUUUUGUGUGAUUCAAAAGAAAGUACAGAGGAAUGUUGGCAGGAAAUGGAAAGAGAAGUGCCUGAGGAGGUGUGGACUGCUCAUGAUACAGAUGUAGGCCUAGUUAAUUCAGCUAGCCCACUGGAAAUUUAUCUUAAGCCAGGGUGCACACCACCCUGGAAAAACCAGUACCCCUUGAAACCUGAGGCCGAGGAAGGUGUAAGGGAAACGAUAGAGGGAUCACUGGAUGCAAGGGUGUUGGUGCCUACCAUUAGCUGCUGCAACACCCCCCUCUUCCCUGUGCCAAAGGCAGGAGGUGAAAAGUGGAGGCUGGUACAUGAUUUGUGUGCAGUAAAUGAGGUAGUGGAGGAUCAGACAGCAGAAGUUCCCAAUCCACACACCCUGUUGACAAAUGUGCCCCCCCAAUGCAAAAUGGUUUACAGUUGUGGAUUUGUGUUCAGCAUUUUUCAGUGUGCCCCUUGCAGAACAGUCACAGUUUCUGUUUGCUUUCACCUACAGGGGUCAGCAGUAUACCUACACGAGGAUGCCACAGGGAUUUAAGCAUUCGCUGCAUGUUUUUAAUCAGGUGCUUAAGGCAGACUUAGACUGAAUUUAAAAAGUACAGUGAUACAAUAUGUGGAGUAUCUAUUGUUGUGUGCGGAAACGCUGGCAGACUGCCACCAGGACUCAGUGCAGUUGCUGAAGGUCUUGGCAAAAGGGGGCCAUAAGGUGUCCAAGGCCAAGUUGCAGUACUACCAAGAGCAGGUUACGUACUUGGGGCGUGAGAUCAGCCACGGGAGGAAAGCUAUAGCAGAACAGCUAAAGGGAAUCACUAAGGCUCCGAAACCCAUGACUGUGUCACAGAUGCUGACAUUUUUUAGGGACGACAGGAUUCAGCGUGGACUGGAUUGAGGACUGUGCUGUGAAGGUGGCACCGUAGUGGGCACUGAUAAAGGAGGAGGGCCACACUAAUUUGAAGGCCCCCUUAAUUUGAACUCAGUAGCAUUUGAAUCUAUCAAGCAGAAGCACCAGAAUGCACCUGCUCUGGGCCUCCCAGUCUACACCAAGCCGUUUUAUCUGUAUGUCGGGAACAGGAAGGACGGCUUUGGGACAGCCCUGCUCACUCAGGACUUGUGUCCUGGCAGACGGAAGCAGCCAUUGGCAUACUAUAGUAUGAAGCUGGACAAUGUGGCUCAGGGAUACCCACCCUGUUUCCAGGCAGUGGUGGCUGCCUAUUUAGGCUAUGAAAAGGCCACUGCCAUCACAAUGGGUUAUCCAGUGACAAUUUAUACUUCACAUAAGGUGGUGGACCUUAUUGACAAAGGCAAAUUUGUGUUGAUCCCAGCAAGGCAGCUAGCGUACUUUGCAUUUCUCUCUUUCCCGGAUGUGACAAUAAAGCGCUGCACUACAGUGAACCCUGCAGACAGCAUUCCCCUGGAGGAUGAGGGGCAGCCACAUGAGUGUGUGGCAGAGUCUUUGGUUUACAUUAAACUGAGACCAGACCUGGAGAGCUCUCCCACUGAAAAUAGCGAGAUGGUUUUGUUUGUGGAUGGCUCAUGUUGGAGAGAUGGGGAUGCCUUGAAGGCUGGGUUUGCUGUAGUUCAGCCUCAGGGUGAUGAUUUUCACACUCUCGUUUCAGAGCCAGUGGCACAACCCUGUUCCGCUCAAUUAGUGGAGAUAAAGGCUUUGACUGCAGCGUGCUGGCGAGGACAACAUAAGACGGUUACAAUCUACACAGACUCUGCAUACGCACAUGAUGUAUGCCAUCUGUUUGGAGCAGUCUGGAAGCAAAGGGGGUUUUGCAAAAUUGACGGCUCCCCCAUUCAGCAUUAUAAUCAGAUUUUGGAGUUGCUACACGCAAUGAUGCAUCCCAAGCGUUUGGCUAUUGUUUAGUGUCAUGCCCACCGCAAAGGUCGUGAUUUUGUUAUUCAAGGCAAUGCGGCCUCUGAUGCGGCAGCCAGGGCGGCUGCGCAGGUCAGGACUGCUCAUCUUUUGCCUAUGGUGACUAUAGAGCUGGACCUUACUGUUUCUGAUCUGGUGGCCCUGCAGGAGCGUGCGGGCCCCUAUGAGGCCUCAGUGUGGCCUAAAAGGGGGGCCUCUAAGGAUGCUAAUGGUCUGUAUAGCAACCAUGAGGGGCUUUUGGCCGCACCUCUGUCUUUGGUGAACAUUUUGAUAACGGAUGCGCAUGGUCUUGACCAUUGCACAAGGGGGGAGGUGUUUUUACACCGCAAGGUUUCUGGGCACCACAGCUGCAAGCAAUGGUGGAUACAAGGUUGUCAGAAUGUGAGGUGUGCAUUAAGAACAAUGUACGCAAAGCAAUCACAGCCCCAGUAGGGCACAUUCCAGUGCCGGAGGGACUGUUCAGACACUUGGUGAUGGACUAUGUGGACAUGGGAAAAACAGCAUAUGGAAAGCGAUAUAUGCUUGUGAUUGUGGACAGGUUCAGCAGAUGGGUGGAGGCAAUACCGUCCAAGGACAUGGGGGCGAUGACAGUGGUGAAAUUCCUGAUCAGAGAGGUGAUUCCGAGGUUUGGGAUACCAACUGAAAUCAGCUCUGAUAAUGGAGCUGCAUUUGUGGGGAAAGUUACUAAGUUAGUGGUUCAACAGCUGAGAAUAAAACAAAGGUUGGGAUGUGUGUAUCACCCUCAGUCGCAGGGCAUGGUGCAGAGAGUGAAUGGCACACUUAAGCAGAAGCUGAAUAAGAUUUGCGCCACCACGAAAAUGAACUGGGUAGAUGCACUGCCAACAGCCUUGAUGGCGUAUCGGAUGGAAGCGCACAGGGUGACGCAUUUGUCUCCGCAUGAAAUGCUGACAGGGAGACCAAUGCCUGGAUCGACUUGGAGGGGGCCGUAUAAGGGACCCAGCCUAGAUCAGCUGGGGGAUGAAUUAAAGUUGUACAUGAGGACGUUAACCAAAAUACACAAAGCUAUUUCCAAACAGGAAAGGGAGAAAGCACAGAAAGAAGACACAGACCAGAAGGAGCCAGUAAUCUUUCCAGGAGAUAAAGUCUACCUGCGAGUGUUCCGGCGAAAGUGGCACAAGCCCCGACGAGAGGGACCCUUCAAGGUGACACGAGCCACAGCAACAGCAGUACAGGUAGAAGGGAGUAACACGUGGUAUCAUUUGAACCACUGCACUAGAGUACUGCACAAAAGGCAGAUAGUCACUGAAAACGACACAGAGGAUGUAGCUGCCCUUGACUCAGAUGGCCCUGAUGGAGCUCCCAGAGGAGCUCCACAGCUUGGAGAGGAGCCAGUUUCAGGUUCAGAGCAGACUGAGGGUCAAGAGGGAGCGUCGCAAGCAGACCAGCCACUCCAGACAGGACACGAAGCUGUGGGUUCUGGUAGGGCUGACAGCGAUGAUAUUGGUGAUGCUAAUGAUAUAUCCAGCCCUUCAGGUCUGGGGGCACAGCAGGACCACAGGUCAGUUCCUCUUGUUCGCUCCCUAGUGGGGAGAGCACUGGCCUGGCAGGCGACUAUAGCUGCAAUGUCUAGAGUGGUGGGAGGACCGUUUGGAGCGGCAUCCUCCUGGACCAACACGGAAACGGAUAGCGACAUAGACACCUUGGAUGCAGUCCUGCCCAUAGCUGAAGUUCGGCCGUACCGUGUGUGAAUACUCCGGGCGGGAGACCUGCAGCAUGCCUGCCUCCCACGACAUCUGGGAUUUUCUGAUUAUGACAGACUGUCUGUUAUAGUAGUAUGCAAUGUUAUUAGUUAACCUUUUACUUAUCUUUGUAUUAGAUAUAUCUAGAUUUUGUAGUCCUGCUAUACAUGCAAUAUAUUCAUGGGAGGUCAUUUUAUGGCGAUCCUCCCCUCCCUUCCUGAUGUACCCUCUGUGCUGCUGUUGGUUGAUUCUCAGUGUUAGUAGUUUGUGAGCCAUGCCUGCCAUGGACCCCGAAGGGGGGGGCGCGCCUGUGGCGGGCUGGGAGUGGAAUUUCCCUGGGUGAUAGGGUUUUUGCCCUCCCUCCUGGGCUGGAUGGACAGGAUUGUGUGUGGGGGAAAUAUAUUGAAUAUUAUUUAGCACUAUAUAACGUAGAAUACAAGUAUUAUAAUAUUAUUAAAAAGUAUGCCAAAUAUCCAUGAUAUUAUGUUUACAAUGUAAACAUUAUAAUGUAAUCAACACAAUGUAAUCAACUGAGUAUGUAUUUGCACCUUUUGUUAGUCUGAGUUUCUGUUUAUGUUACUUUGUUAGUCCUGAAUCUAUGAAUAUUCACUUUUAUUAGCGUAUAUUUUAUCACUAUGUUAAAGGACAAAUAUAUUAUCAACCUUCUAGUUAGACAAUGUGUAACAGGCUGAAACUGCCAAGGUUUACUACUGAAGGAAGGGAUUCGCCUGAGUUCACCAGAAGUUCACGGCUGAGCAUUUUUAAAAAACCAAGUGGAGCUGCUCGCGCCACCAUUAUGUUCAGCCGAGAGACCAAACGGUAAAAGAAAUGAUGGACAAACUUAUCACCUAGGGGUGUGGAUUAAGGGAAAAAACAAUGAUUGUGAAUGGAUGAAGGAAUGAUGAUGCUUAAGUGAUGAGAUAAGAAGAGAAUGAUAAUGAUAAGAACUUGGUGUAAAACAGUACUGGACACACUUUACGUGUCCAGCCUUGGUUGUAACUUCAUUGUUGCAGUAAAGACUGAAUUCUGGAUACUACACAAGCGGCCCUCUGACUUCUGAUUUGGCGGGGAAGGAGAAAAACCACGACAUAAACCCUCAGAACUGGUGUAAGAAUCAACUUUUGGGUGUUUAUAGUUUCCUGAUUCGGGAUACAGCAGUGCAUUCUGGGAGCCGUCUGUAUCUCCCACAGUGAAACACCCAGCGAAGUUAGGAAAAGAACUUAUCCCUUGUUCUUUGGUAACAGAUGGAGGCGUUUCAUCAUCACGUCCCUCCUUGCAUAGGCAUAGGAUGAAAUGAUCCACCAGGGAUGUCAACUGGGGUACUAAGGGCAGGGCGUAGCUUGGUCUUGGGUCAAACUGUCUGUCACAGACAGAUGUGAUGUUAAAAGUAUAAUAAUUGCAAAAUAAUGGUAAUAUUGCUGUUUUCUGCUAGAUGUAGGUGUUGAGGCUCAGAGGGAGGGGGAUGAGUGACGUGGAAUUGAAGAUCCACAGUGAGAAGGCAAGGGGG